CUGUCUGGUGUGCGUGUUCAUGUGAUGCGUGACACCGGCGGUCCCGAAGGGACUCGACAUCCACAUGAACCAGCCAUGUCUUUCCAUGUGUCCGAUUAACCGUCACGAACUACAGACGAGCCCAAUCCUUAUCGCCUUAGGCGCAAAAGAUGCCUACAGUGACAUCCAUACUUUCUCUGCGUCACCCCACCCUCCCCCCAUCCCGGUCCUGCCCGUCUGUCAGGGUAUCAUCGCUUGACACGUCCGUCUCGUUGUUGUCUGCUUCCUCAGACCGCCGCCGCCUCGCCUCUCCCGCACGCCCACCCCCACCAGCAGCCACGGGCGACAUUUCCUCCUCCGAUGCGAUGGCCUCAUCGCUGUGUCUCGGCUCUCCCUCGGCCAUGUCCGCCUGCUUGUGUGUCUUGCCCUUGGGUCUGCGCUUUCUUCUCUCCGACUUCUUGGGGUGGGCGCGACGACAAUAACGGAUCACUGCACCAGUCCAGUGAAUGAAGAGGGGGAUGUUCGUCGGCGCGCGUCUCUGUAUAUCUAUCUGUGUAUGUGUUGUAGGCUGCAUGGUUACGGUAUUCGGGGUAGGCUUGGUCGGGCUCGUAGACGAUGAACUCGCGAUAUGUCCCCUGCAGAAGACAAAGACAAGAGGACAGCGAAAUGACCGGCCUGGCUUGUCCCUCUCUGCCUGGGCUGGUCUGGUCUAGCUACCUUUGCUGUCUCGCGAUCACCAAGGACGCUGUGGUGCGGACCGCCCUUGACCAGCUGCACACCACACAUGCAGGGACAUUGAACAGAGAUGUGCACAUGCACUGCACUCAUAUGUGCACGUGACUGACCUUGUAGAGCUGCAUGGGGGUCGGUCUGUCCUCGGGCGUCCAGAAAAUGUGACCGAGACACACGCGACAUAGCAGCAUUGAAUACACAGGGGGGUCGGCCUCAUUGGCUGUGGCGGCACUGGUGGUGUCUCUGUCUGUGCUGGUGGCUGGUGCUGCUGUGGUGGAUGUGUAUUCGUCUCCUUUGGACGAGCAUUCAGUGAAAUAAAUACCCUUGCCGUACAGCGUCCCCGCCCCAGUGCCAGCGAGCUUGAUCUGACACAACAAGACGACGCACCCAAAAGUAUGUGAAGAUCUUGCUCGUGUAAACAAUGUUUGUGUGGGGGUGUGCGACGGACCGACUGUCCAUACCAUGAAGCCGCUGUCUGCGAUGGCCUCUGCAGCUUCCAUGGAGGUGCCGUGGAAGAGAUACGUCUCGUUGACCUCGGGCACCAACGAAUGGGUCGUUGACUGCAGACAGACAGGUCGACAUGCAGAAAAUCAGGCAUGAAUCAAUCAAUCAAAUCAGGCAAGUGUGUGCAACACUCACAGGGUUGACAUGUUGCCAGGCGGCCAUGGUGCGGAUGUUGGACAUCUGCAGUGCAGUGCAGUGCAAUGGUGCACACACAUGCACUGUACGUGGCCGGCCUGACUGACUGGCAUUCGGACAACACCGGCCCACUAGCUUACUUUAUAGAGCUCAUCCUCCAGGGUGCGGACCUCGCGCAGCAUCUAAUGACGGACGGACACAGUACAGUCAGUACACAUGACCGUCGGGUCGGGGAUGGACCGACCGAUCGACGUCUGUGUGUUUGCUGGUCUGCCCUUAUCACCUCGUAUCUCUUGACGCAGUACUCCGUCCACAGCCGGGGGUUUUCGAUGCGGUGGACGCUCGUCACCUGUCCACUCCACAACAAAAGAUUGUUAACACACGCUUGCGCCGCGCCCUGCCGAUCGAGUGAAUGCCUCCCGCCCAUAUACCUUCAGCCACUUGGGCAUUCUGCCCUCCCUGUCUCUUGUGCGUCUAUCGAGGAACGUCUCGUUCAUGAGAUGCUGCACCAACCGACGCUCGCGAUCACCCAACCUGCUCACACACAUGCAUGAUCACGAGCAGCAUGGCUGGCUUGUCUUCUUUGGAUGAUCACAUCUCCCCGAAUGAUUCGCUGACUCGAAUCGUUCAGAUUGCAGGUGCGCCUUUGCCUUAGCGUCUCUUGCAGAGGUGUCGCUGGUUAAUGUUCUCCCUGGCACGUCUGCCUGUCCGGGACGGUCUUUGAGUGGGUUGGUCUCCCAAUACGACGGCAGACGGAGAUAUUUCCGCUCUUUCUGCUCGCGAUGAGUCGUCGCGCCGCUCGUCUGAAGGACAACAAACAUUCACAGAGGCGUGUGUGUGUGUGAGUGUCUCCAUACAUGAUGAUGAUAUGGACUGAAAAGUCUCACGUCAUGGGUCGUGUAUAUCUUGCGAAUCCAUCUCUGUUUCCUCCGCCGGAUGAACCACAGCCGCACCAGCACACCGAUGACCAGCAGCACAGUGGUGGGGACACUCGCGUAGAUGACCAGCAGCACUACGUUGUUGCCGGACUUGGACGACUCGGCACACUUGCCAGACAGCUGCGGGCGACACAAACAUCCAUCGGCAGAAAGCAUCAGUCAGUCAGUCAGUAUACUUGUCGACAGUAUACUUGUCUGUCGACACACUGCCUGCCAGUGGGUGCGGUGUGUCUCACAAUGACGAGCUGCCCAUGAACAUUCCGCCACACAGGUCCCAACGGGGGCAGCGACGUGUCGAGGGGCGUCCAGAGGGCCGUCUGUCUCGCUACCGAGCCAGAUCCGCUGACGAUGACUCGCCACACCCCUGCACACACACGCAAAGGUCGAGAUGACAUUCAUCUUGAUGCGGACAUGCACUGCACACCUGUGUAUGAGUAGGUCCACUCGAUGCGGACGGCGGCUCUGUCCUUGUGUGUCCACUGUGGUUUGCCCUCGAUGUCUGGCGCGGCCCGCCGAUAGUCCCCGCCCACCUGCCCUAAGGUGAUGAAGCCAGCUGUAGUCCCCUCGGUGACUAUCGAUGACGCGAGCUGUACUGACGGGUCGGCUGAGGCGACCUUCAGAGCUACAGCCUCACAAUCUGGGGGGAUAUAGAGGAAAGACAGAGGCAGCUGGACCAGUGUCGAUUGGUGAGCGGUCUGCUGAUCUGAGCUGACCUCCAAAGGCUGCGCCCCGAGAUAUCCCAUCCAGAUCUGGUUGACAAAGACAGAGACGCUGACAAACAUGUGCACGUCCGUUGACGUGUCAGUGAAUGGCUCAAUCAAGUUGUGCACCUUGAUCCCAUGUUGGCUCAUCCUCGCUCGUCUCGUAGCUGUCUUUGAUGCCCAUGCCGUACAGCUGGCCCCUAACAACAACCUCCACCCGCCACCCCGUGCCCACACCAGCCGACAAUCCAGCACUCGGAUGGCUCACAGACACCAGCAGCCCAUAUCUGCCCUCUGCCAGCCCCUGUGAGGGGUCCAGCGUCACCGUCAGCACCGUGCUGCCGAUGGCGUCAGGCUGGCACGUGCUGGACGGAGGCCAAGUGGUGAGUGGCAAGCCUGUGGGCAGGGACAGUGAUAUGGGUUCGCUGCAGUCGAUCUGGACGGCGAUUGGCGGCCGAAGCGUGAUGGACGAUGGGAGAGACACCGGCACGGCCCGUGUGAUAUCGAAUGUGAUUGACGCUUUGGUGGAGGUGCUUGUUGCGCGACUCGUCGGGACCACCUGAUGGUACCAUCCAAACAGCAUGGUUUCAUGGACAGACGCAUCAAGGGACUUGAUUCACUUGCUUACAGUGAUUGGGAGCAUUUCCUGGUCGCUCGAGAGGAGAGAAUACCCCUGUGCGCUGAAGGUCGCGGCCACCAGCUGAGAGCUGAGCAUAAUACUCGAGACAUCAGUCGCGCUCUGCCCGUCGCUGUUGUACAGCUCCAUUGUCCACCCUGCCGUGUUGGCCGCACUCGGCUGCCGCACAUCCACGUGAAUCACAUACACCUGGACAAUGAAUGGCAUACAGGGAAGGACGGCCAAAUCGUCGUCGAUCGGUUGCAGCUGAGCUGGUCAAAUCCACCUGACCUGUCCAUUGGUGAGCGCAGCCAGUGACUGUGUGAGGCCCUUGAGCACAAUUGUACCGCCAAUCGCUUCGGUGGUGCACCUGUAGAGCGGCAUGGGGCGGGGGGUGGGCACAAGGGCCGAGGGGGCCGACAGCUGCUGCGGCGGGUCGGCGUUGAUGCACGCCUGGCGCGAUGCAAACCUGCAGGUGGUCACGCCCUCGGGACAAAGCAAGAUGAACACAGCGGUUACGUCGUCUGCACCUGCACCGAUGAAAGAGACAACACACAAUCUCUCCAUCCAUCCAUCCGUCCAUCCACAUCGUCUGUGUGCGGUGCUUCUCACCAUUCUGUGCGCGCCUCCUCUUUCCCAGCCUUCCUGUAUGGCCACUACCACCAGACAGCCGUCGAGAUGGCGGCCUUGUAGCAGAGACAGUUGGACGCCAGAAGAUGGACACGGCACUUUCUUCCCCCACGAUAGGUGUGCUGCUGUCUACAAGCACAGGCAGCUGCCCCACAUCAGCGAGAGGGCUGCUGACGUCAGCACUCUGAUGCGUCAGCUGCCACGCACCCGAACUCAUGGCCUCAACAGUCAAACGCCACCUCCUGCCGCCUGAUAGACGUCGCGGGUUCGUAAUUUGGAAGCUGAAUGACCGCCAUGACGACGUCCCGAGGACAGGGUACAAGCCACUGGUGCUGUCGCCGGCGAGGGGGGGAAGGUCGACAGAGAAGGGCACGAAGGAUAUGGCUGCCGAAUUGUCCUGCUCUGUGUGUUCGGCCGCGCACGAUGAGACGGCGAGUGAGGUGACACUCGGAGGCAGCGACGCGCCUUCAUUUGACAAAUCAUUUGCCAACCUCAGCAGGUCUUCAGCCGGAGGCCCUUCACCCGCCGCUCGACAGUCUUCGUCGACAGAGUAUUCAUAGUGGGAGGAUGGCAGCCCUAGAGACGCCUCGCGUGACGGCGCAACACCUGGUGGCGGGGUGAGUGUGACUCUCAGCGCCACGCCGUGUGUCUCGACUGCCGCUUGAGGGAGAUAGAUGGGAUGAGACAGGCGGAAGACAACCGUGACCGUGGAUGAGGUCUCUGGCGCCGUGGAAUUGCCCAUGAUGACUGUAUCGAGCAGCACUGACGACACACAACACACAGACGAAUAAGUGGGACAGUUUGGUCGACCUUUGCGGUCAUCACUUCCAAUGAGCGGUGGGUCUGUGAGGGCGCGAUCGUUCGUGGUCAGAUCUUCAAACGCGGAAGACCUGAGCUGCACACAUCACAUAUCAGUGCACCUUAACGUACACACAUCACACCUCUCUCUGUGUCCCCGCGCCCACCCAUCCACCUUGUUUCAAUCAGCCAAAGGGGUGCACUGCCCUUGGCAGCGAAGGCAGGGUUCUGCACUGUCAAACGGAACCUUGCUGAGGUGUUGGCUGGCAAAGCGCCUUUUGUCUGCGUCAGGAUGGUGGUGUCGCUGCAGAGGUCUGUAUCGAAUAUGCCAGCACACGAACCGCUGCCAGCUGGGAAACCUGCGAGGGGCGUGAAGGAUGCUGCGUCGAUCUUGUACCCGGACGGCGACGCGACAGCCAGCCUGCGGAGGACAUGGUACCAGGUACACAAGAGACUUCGUUUCCUCUUCCGCCUUUAUUGUGGUUGUGGUGUCUCACCACUCGUGGGCGCCGAUGUCAUGUGACGAAGUCACCUCAAACGUCACCGUGUUGGCGAGGGCUGCAUACCUCCCAUCGCUCCGAGCAACAAUCCGCGUGUCCAGCAGGGCCAAUACAGGGAAUGCCUCCGUGUCGGUGACGCCCCCUACCUCUCCCUGGUUGGCGCCGCCAUACGCUCGGACCGUCCACACACUCUGCCGCAUUGGCGCCGAGGGGUGGGUCAAGCCCUCCAUCAGGAUCACCACAGGGACGAGAUAUGGCACCACUGGCGUGAGGGACAGCCGCAAGGCAUCUGUGCCCCUCGACAACACCGAGAUGGUCGUGUCCACGGUGCCGCUCUUCAGCUGGGCCGCUGAGAGGUCAAAUGAAGGCGCAAUCACCUCCACCUCCGCCACGUUGUCAGGACAGAAGGCAAUCGACAAUUUCGCCGACAGAGCCGACCCCACAGUCCGCUGAGCAGAGGUCCGCUCGACAGAGGGAUAAACAGACCAUGCAGGCACCGUCCCUCUCGCCGUGAUGAGGUCCAGCCUCUCAUAGUCGGGCGCCAGCACCGCUUGGAAUCUGUCCUGUGUCGACGGCCGAAUGAGGGGCGUCCUGGGGUUUUGCACGCACACCCUUGCUGCAAAAGAGGUCAGGGGCACGUAUGAGGGGUCGUUCUGGUCGUGGUAGAUGGACAGCGUGUUGCUCUGGCACGUGACAUCAAAGGCGGGGUAGUCCGACACGAAGCACAGACACUCCGAUGUGGCAGACGAGCCCCGGUCCAUUCCAUUCGGAAAGACAAAGCCGCUGGGCGCUUGCAGCUGGAACACACCAAUAAAGAGGUCGUCGAUGCUGACAGAGAGGCCGACCUCGAUGCAGCUGCCGGCCGGGGAGGUGCUGAGGGGAGACGGCGUCACCGUGAGAUCAAUCUUGCUCUGGCACGACGCGGGGCGUGGAUGGAUCAGCAACAGCGGGGCAACCAGCACCAGGUGAAAGAUUUCAGACAUUCGUGGCCCUCCCAUGCCCAUUCUCGAGUGGCUCCGGGCUGGCUGGGCGGCCGGAUGAGCGAAUUAGGCCGACGAGCACUCCACAGGGCCAAAGCGCUCCCUUGCGUCCCAACGAUGCCUCUCCGCACUUCCGGACCUCUUCUUCCC